AUGUCGAGCAUGAACAAAAUUUCUAUCAGUGACUUGACGCCUGAACACCUUGAAGCGUUUACCCAGACACUACGCAAUGUUGUAUCGAGCGAGCCUGCACAGCGAGCUCUCGCACAAGUCGUUGAUGGGAUACCUAGCCGCACCGACUCCAACGGUUGGGAAUUCGUGAAGGCCGGCCUAAAAAGAAAAGACGACCCUUCUGACGAAUCAAUCGAAACGGUCAAAUCUUUCCAGCACAACUACAAACUUGACAGUCUUGACAUUCUUUCUGAUGUUGCGCAAGCAUAUCAAGAUACCUCAAUAGGGUCAAGGGACUUCAAACUCCGACUGCUAGAGAUGGUAGCCAUUUCGUUCCAUAAUGUGGUUGCCCGUUUUUCCCAAUCUUUCGAAGCAGACCCCGAUGCCUGGCCAAGUCGGAACCGUGUGUCGCAUCCCCGCGAAUCAACUUGGUUUUGUCAUUCAGAAUAUCUCGACCAUGAUCAGUAUCCCUUGAAGGUUUCUGACGUGGUUGGAUACUGGGCUGAAAAACAAGUCUUUGGAGGGACGGUGUUGUUCGAUCGAGGCGAGACAGAUGACAAAUGCCGCGAUGCCUUCAUCCAUCCCGACGACGGAUACCGGAUUUUUAAACUCUCAGAUGAUCAAUUAGAUCAAUUCGACUCCUUUGGAGCGAAGAGAGGGCCCACUGUUCUGAAUAGUGAUAGUGCCUGUACCAUCCCUUUUCAAGCCGAGAAAUAUGCCACGCGCAUCGAGCCGGAGGAAGCCAUGGCAAUGCAUAUAUACCGCCAUCUUUACGAGCGUAAGCCAACGGUCGAGAAUAAUGGGCGAACGCAGCAUAAGCGUCGACGGCUUGAGGAUUAUCCGGAGUUUGGGGAUUUAUUACAACGAUUGGAUAAACGUGGUAAGAGGUAG